AUGGAUUUGUCUCUUCCCGAGGUGCCUGUUGCACCGCCAGCACCGGCCGGUCCGGCCCCACCAGGUGAAGCAGACCCUGUUCCGGACAACCCAGAUGGUCAAUUGCCAGCUGAUACUGUUGUGAUUGAGGGCGUCAGAGUGACAAGUGAGUCUUCGGCUACCGUCCUCAGGGCUGCUUGCACUAGCUUUGGUUUGAGUAAGGCCGGUAAUCGCCGUCAGUUUUGGCGCCGCUUGACAAAUCACAUCAACUCACAACAGCUGCUGAUUGAUAAGCAUGUUGAGGCCAAUCUGGACAGCUCGAGGGCCCGUGAUCCGGUCACACCGGCCGUAGCCUCCGAGCCUGAUGCAGCUACCAGGGCGCGUCACUGUUUGACGCAUGAACCUUACGAGCCCUGGUGUGAGAUAUGCAUUCGCCACAGAGCACGCCAGGAUCAGCAUGCAACAUCAGUGCCCCAUACCUCUUCAGAAAAUGCUGUUGUGUCGUUUGACUUUGGGUUCUUAUCGCGAAAGGGCCAGAGUCUGUUGAGCACGAAGCCUGAGGUCGGCGAGGACAGUUUGACUGUGCUAUUUUGCGUUGAUCGUGCGAGCAAAGCUGUGUUUGCCAUCCCCACGCAGAGCAAAGCAGGUGCUGCAACCUCGUUCUUGGAUACUGAGGCAGCCAGGUUCAUAUGCUGGUUGGGACACCCAAGUGUCAAGUUGAAGUCGGACAAUGAGAGGCCGAUUCUUCAUGUCAUGCACCACUUGCAACGUGCCCUCCGAAGCCUGAACAUUGGAGUAACCUCUGAGACGAGCCCCGUGGGCUCACAUGAGUCCAAUGGCGAGGUUGAGCAAGCUUUGCAACGUGUGCGUCAGCAUGCGUGUGUUCUGAUUUCGCAACUUGAGGAAGGUGCCGGCAUGACGAAGGAAGUGAUCAAGGUUGGUCACCCGUUGAUUCAGUGGUCCGUGCUGCAUGCUUGUUGGCUCCUCAACCGCUUCAGGGUCCUUCAGAAUGAGACUGCAUUUGAGCGAGUUCGGUCCUCCUCUUAUGAAGGCCGCAUCUGUCUUUUCGGCGAGCGGGUUAUGGGCUUCCUGCAGACGGCCAAAGCUUCAGCCCAGUGGAUCAAGGGAGUCUGGCUGGGCAAGACAUGCAGAAAUGAUGUGCACAUAAUCGGCACAGCUGCGGGAAUAUUCGUGACCCGUUCAGUGCGCCGCUUUGCGAACCCGUGGGACCUUGACCUAGCCGUGUCAGUCGACAAGUGUGUGUGGGAGCACGGCCUAGCAUCGCUUGGAUCGCAGCUUGUGUUGGCCAAGCGUGUUGCGCCGCCUGCGCCGCCUGCGCCGAUACCUGUGCCAGUUCCUGCUGAGGUUGCAGGUGGACCAGUGAUUGCAUCAGGUGAGGGUGACGGCAAGGAGGUUGCGCAUGAAGGAGCUGCAAGCCCAGAGGAUGUGGCAAAGACCCCAGACCCAGCAGUAGCAGCAGCUCCCGUCGCUCCAGUGAUGUUGCGAUGUCAGCCGAUGAUUCGUUCAUGUCAGUUGCGGAAGAUGGUGCCGGCGAGUACGGCCAUGAGGAUGAGUCUCGAGCUGUGCUUUGAGUCCGAGCUUGUCGAAGGGUUUGAGGAGGAUGACCUCCAAAGUGAUGAGUGGGAAGAGCCUGAGCAAGUUGAUCUGUCUGAGUACGAACAAAGGCUGAUGUUCCCACGUAGUGGUGAUGACCCGCCUUCACUGCCACAGGACAAGCUAGAUGAGAUAGAUUUGGGCCGCAGUACUGGUGAAGUGAAGCGCCUGACAACGCGCAUGGUAAAGGACUGGCGCGAGAAAGUGCACCAAGGCAAGCCGAUAUGGUUGAGGCGUGCCAGAUACGUUGCAAGGGAGUUUGCCUGGUUGUGCGAACGGUCGGAUACCUUUGCACCAGCUUCUUCAUGUCUCCUCAACCGACACCUUCCAAUCCUGUAUGCUACGAGCACCGCGCCUGACGAGUGCCUAGUCGCCAUCGAUGUGUCAGAUGCAUUCCUUACAGUUGAUCAGACUGUGCCGACGGAGGUUGUGUAUCGCCCGACAGGUGGAGGUCCUGAGGUCAGGUUUGCUUUGGGCAAGCUGUUGCCAGGGCAACGUGAUGGAUCUGAGAAGUGGUAUGGCUCUUUCCUGCAGCACCUUAGUUCAAGCUUGGGUGUGGAGUCUUGCGAAGCAUAUCCCACGCUUCUGAGGACCAAGGGCUUGGAGAGUGUGAUGCAAUUGCAUGUUGAUGACAUGCUGUCAUUCACUACGUUGAAGUAUGCGAACAAUGAGCUCAAGCCCGCACUUCUUGCGAAGUACAAGAUCAAGUUCGAGGUGUUGCAGAACCCAGGUGAUGUUCUCUGGUUCUUGAAGCGCAAGUUGCACCUGGUCUCUGAGGACCAGCUUCUGAUGAGCCCGCGCCCGAAGUAUUUAGAACGACUCCAAAGACUUUUGAACAUCAGGCCUGAAGCCAAAAAGAAAACGCCACUCUUCAGUGACCUGGAGAAGUUAGAUGGCACCAAGCCAUUGAGCCCAGCAGAUGCCAAGCUGUUCAGAUGUUGCGUCGGAGUGCUGCUUUAUGUUGCCCAUGAUUGCAUCGAUUGUCAGUAUAGCAUCAACAUGCUUGCAUCACGAAUGAGCUCGCCCACCGAGCUUAGCAUGAAAGGCCUACGGCAUCUUGUUAUGUACAUGAACACCAUCGGUGAUGAAGGCCUGAUGCUUUGCAAUCGUGGAACCGGUGUUGGGUUACUUGGCGAUCGCUUUGAUCACGAUGUGGUGGUUGAGACAUUUAGUGACGCCAACUGGGCCGGUGACCAGCAGAGUCGCAAGUCAACAUCGGCAGGCGUGAUUGCAGUCCGUGCAAAUGUGCUAUCGACUAGCUCGCGCACGCAACGAGUUAUUGCCUUGUCUUCAGAGGAGUCUGAACUGUUAGCAUCAGCUUCUGUUUUGAGCGAUGCAAUGCUUGUUCGUGAGUGUGUCAAGUUUGCUUUAGGGUUUGAUGAGAGCCCGCUCAUCCAGCACCACGUUGACAGCACUGCCGCCUUGGGCGCGCUCCGGCGCCAGGGCGUGGGGAAGAUUCGACAUCUUUCCACUCGCAUUCUUUGGCAGCAGCUGCUUGUCAAGCAGGGCAUCAUAGUUGCAAACAAGAUAUCUACGGAUUACAAUGUAGCAAACAUUGGGACAAAGGGGCUGAGCCGCGCCCGCACGUUGUUCCUCAAGCAUCUGUUGCAUGUGUAUGAUGAGGCUGAGGCACGCUAUGUUGGUGAGGACGAAAAUGACUGCGCAAGUUGA